UUAAGUAUCUCAUUCCAUUCUGGCCGGUCGGAGGAAGAUCAACAGAGAUGAUGCGAAUGAGGACAAAGACCAAAGGGAUGUCAGUCAUGAACGGCAACUCAGGAGGCGGUGGUGUCGGUGAACCAGAAGCUGUGCAUUGGGAAGUCAGACCAGGUGGAAUGCUCGUACAGCAACGGAAUCCUGAUUCCGGCAGAGCCUCCGUCGCCCCCACCAUUAGAGUUAAGGUCAAAUACGGCUUUUCUUAUCACGAAAUCUACAUCAACUCUCAAGCUAAUUUCGGGGAGUUAAAGAAGCUAUUGUCGGCGCCGACUGGAUUGCAUCAUGAGGACCAGAAACUGCUUUUUAAGGACAAGGAGAGAGACUCUAAUGCGUAUCUCGAUAUUGUGGGAGUGAAAGACGGAUCAAAACUCGUUCUUGUGGAGGAUGCGAUUAGCAGGGAAAAAAGGUUCCUUGAGAUGCGUAAGAAUGCCAAGAUGGAGAAGGCAUCAAAAUCCAUCUCAGAAAUCAGCUCGGAAGUCGACAAGCUUGCUGCCCAGGUUUCUGCUCUCGAAUCCGUUAUAUCUAAAGGUGACAAAGUUGCAGAAACCGAUGUGUUGAAUCUGAUUGAGCUGUUAAUGAACCAAUUGAUUAAGUUGGAUGGUAUCAUUGCCGAUGGAGAUGUGAAAAUGCAAAGGAAAUUGAAGGUGAGGAGAGUGCAAAAGUAUGUGGAAACUCUUGACCUGCUGAAGAUCCGGAACGCCAUGCCGAGUAGCUUUAGCAAUGGCAAUGGCGGUCAGAUUCGAAUGCAACAGCAACAGAAGCAUUCAACUAGGAAAGUGCCAGAGCAAGUGUCUGUAUCAAAGACAAUGCAGCAGCCGCAGAGGCAUUCAACGGAUCAAAUUUCACACACACAGCAGCAGCAGCCGCAGCAACCUGCAAGGCAUUCGGCCGCAGGGACAGUGGUGACAACCCAAUGGGAGACAUUUGAUUUUGAUUUACCAGCAUCCUCUGCUUCAAACACCGGCACCACCCCCACCCCCACCGCCACCAUCGCCCACAGCCAAACCCAGGCCCCUUCUAGUAAGUUCGGCUGGGACUUCUUUCAUUAAAGUAAAUAUAUACUCAAAUAGUCCAAAAUGAAAAUCUCACUUCAUGAAGAGAUGAAAAUUUGGUGGGUGGCGUGUGGUAUGGGUUUGCCCUUUUCCUCCAUUCUUUUCUGUAUUUAGAUUUUGGGAGCAUCUGAUCAUUCAGCAUUACCCUUUUUUUUCACUUGAAUUCGAUCAUUCGAUCCAUCUGUAAUAAAUGGGGUCGUUAUGAUUAGUGGGUUUUCAUAUAUUUUUAGAUUUUUUAUUCUUCUUUUUUUUUUUUUCCCCUGUUUCUUUGGCGUUCAUCUGCCAUUUGUAUGGUUCUAAGAACAUAAUAUGCCAUGUCUGUCUAUAUGUAUAUUUGAAUUGAUUACACGGAAAGGUUAGUAGUGCUUUAUUGAGAUUUGAAACCUGAAA